AACUUGCUUUAAUAAUAUUCUUUUCUUUCUUUAGCUAAUUAAAAUCCAUAACAAUAUUUCUCUCGUCAUCAAAUUAUUUCCUUAAAAAUUUAUAAGAUCGGAUAUACACUAGAACAAAUUUCUGACCUCAUGGUUUCUUUCUGAACACAAAUCUCUAGACGUGCAUCAAAACCAUUAGCCACGUGUGACGUUUCGAAACUUUGUUUGGCGACAUCUCUUCUACGAAACACCUAAAAGAUAAAUAUGUAACUAAAAUAAUUUAAUUUCCAAAAGAGUGACUAACAUCUUUUUCUUUUUUAUUUUUGUUAUCAAGAGUGACGAGUAUUUAUACUCGACUUUUCUUUUGGUAAACCACACACACAAAAUCUUAAAUAAGAAGAAUCUUUUAAAUUUUUGUGUUGAGUGUGAAACAAAAAAAUAUGUGUUACAAAAUUCUUCUACCUCUUGUUAUUCCUCCGGAGAGCUUCCACGAAAAUACUCCGGUGGCAGAAGUGACGGUGGCAACAGAUGUGGAAGCCACCGCUGGUCACCGUAGCGGUGGUGACGGUGGCGGUGGAAAGAAGAAGUGUGUGUGUUCACCGUCGAAGCAUCCAAGAUCGUUCAAGUGUAGGUAUCAUCAACAUGAAUAUCAAUGGCUUCCUUCUUCUUCUUCUUCUUCUUCUUCUUCAUCCCUCCACAAAUAACACAUAUCAUCAAUUCAUCAUGUAAACAAUAAUUAUAUUUUUAUUAUUCAUGGUUAUUUUGAUUCGUUAAGUAUUUCAAUCAAAGUAGAAAUUGUGUUGUGGUUCUUGUUUUUCUUAAAAUGCUUAUUCGUCAGAAUCUUUAUAUAACGAUGUUGUUUCAUCUCAAAGUACUAAAUAUCGGCAGCAAUAAUCUUUUUAAAGGAAUACGUGGUUACUGUGAUUUCUGUAUAACUUAUUAGCUUUUUCGCUUAAAAACGGUUCAUAAAAAAAUGAUGUUACGUGUCGUGACUAAUUAAUCAACCGUAUGAGACUAUACUUCUUCACAAUUAUUUACGCAUUUUCAUAUGGUUUUGGAGUUUCAAUUUUCGAGAUACAACUUUCACUAGAGAAAUAUCGGAAAACAUAAAUUACAUUUGUGAAAAUUCGUAGAAACACAUGUGCGAAGAUCAAUCAUGACCCAUGAAUGAAUGUAAUCGAUCUCACGGAUGAUCUACAGAAAGUGAAACCACAAAUAACCCAACACUAUACUGUAAUUCUGUAUCAUGGACGGUUUGAUACGGUUUGGAUUUCGGUUCGAUUACGAAUCAUAAUUGUAUCCUUAAUUUUCUAAAUCGGAUCGGUUUGGUUUGGUGCAAAUUGGAUCGGUCUAACUUAACGUCUCUAAAAUCCGCAA